UUACAUUGACCCUCAUAUGAUAAGGAAACUUUAAUAUUACUACACAGGCAAGAUAAAUCAUAAAAAUGGCACUCAAAACGUUGUUUUACUGCUUGCUUGUGGCAAAUUUUGCUAAUAUAUAUUAUGCAGAAACCGAACCAGACAAGAAUCUUGAAUUCCGAGUUGCAGCUAUUGAACGACAAUGCGCAGCUCAGAAUGAGAAGUUAAACACUAAAAUCGAACAACUCCAGAAAACCGUGCAGAAACAGGACAGCAACUUCGCUCGAUUAAAUGACGAAAUGUACGCCUUGAAACAAUUUGCUUCUCAGAAACUACAACAAAUUGGUCAGAGAGCAGACAAACGUUUUGUGGCAGACGAAGAGGGGAACAUUGCUUUUCAUGCUACACUUAAAGGAGGAACCGUAGACCAUCUUCAUAUAAACCAAACCAUCAUCUUCGAUACUGUAAUGCUCAAUAUAGGUGGCGCCUACCACUCACAGCAGGGUCUGUUCGUGGCUACCGUUCCCGGAAUCUACAUCUUCUCGGUUUCUAUAAUGGGUUUAUACGGCGGAACUGAUUCAACAAUGGUAUUUAUUCUAAAGAAUGGGAAAGAAGUUGCAGCAGCGAUCGCUGACGGAAGGCGGUUGAACCAUGAUCAGGGGUCUACAACGAUUGUUGCACAACUAGUGCCUGGGGAUGAGGUCUGGGUGAGCGUUCAGAGGCACGAUAACACUGCAAUAUGGGGAGAUAGUUUAGAUAGUUUCAUGGGUUGUCUCAUAGCUCGAACAUAUACAUAAGAAUAUAUGAAUAAAUAAAGUGACUGAAGUGUU